AAACCCCCUGAUGUAAAACAUCGUUAUCAUAAAGUUCCAAUUCAAGUUGCUGAUUCUCUAUGUUCUCAGUUCUAUGAUUUUCCCCUGGGUUCAUAUUCAUCUUGCCAAUCAAACACUACUACAACAUCUCUUGAGCAACAAUAUCCUUCUGAUCAAGAAUAUUAUAUUGGUUUAAAAAAAUCCUCAAAGCGGAAAUUUUCUAUUAGAAAAAAAAGUUUAUUUGGUUCAAAGAGGCCUCCUUCAUUGAAAAUUGAUACUUUCUUGGCCC